UUUAACUUGUAAUAGAUAGGCAUGCGCCGUUGAUAAGUUAGUGAAAUUUGAUCAUACGAAUUUCAAUGAAUCGCCCGUUUCGAAAAGGCGGAAUUUAGUCCUGGAUUGAAGCACAUGUAAUAAAGAUUAUUACAGAAAGAUAUUUAGACUGAGGAUAGUGGUGAGAUGAAAGACGUCAGUAUCCGAUGUAAAUACACAUGCAUGAUCUGCUGUAAAAUCGUUUUGCUCUGGUGACCUUUACUCCACCAAAAGGUAGAGGUAAGUAUGUUCCUAUUUAAUAUCGAUAACAUUGCUCUAUAUGAGCAGAAGUGUAAACAUAUAUAAGUACCAUAGACGCAAAUCCAUACUUAUAGUUUGAGGAAUAUUCAAGAUAUCUACCUUCAAAAAGUACAAGAUAUCGGUAAAAAUGAAGUCUUAAGAAAUAAACUUGAGAUAUAGAUAAGUUGCCUGAAUGACCAUACAAGGUCCUAUAUUCAAAAUGAUAAGGUAAGGUAUAUAACUGGGGAAAAUUAUCGUAACUUACCAAGAUCAUGUUCUUUGUAAUGAGUGUGUGCUAAGAUUGGCACAGAUAAAACUUACGAAAUAUCCAACUUUCCGGAAUAAAUUAACCUUACAAGGUGUUAUAUUCAACGUGCUAAAAAGGGAAGAUAACUGGUGAAAUGGAAACCACAGUUAUCUUAUUUGCAAAGAUCAUGGACAUUGGUAAGGGUGUAAAAUAUAAAGCUAUUGAUAGAGACGUAACUUAAGAUGCCCCCAUCUUGUCGGCUAAUCCUUGUUUACUCUUUGUUCUUUUAUGUCACAUCAAAGGAAAACAGGGACUUAAAGCUGACAGAAUAAAUGACAUCAAAGAAAAAGUUACCUAUUGUUCAUGUGGCAACAUAUGUAUCCUCUCGUAUGCGCGGAAAGAUGGGCACAGGCGGACGGACAGAUAUACAGACACACGAACAGCUUAAAAACUUUAUGUCCCGGACAUAAAGAAGGAAAAUAUUUGACUGCAUGUAUUUAAUAAAUUUGUUUUGUGAUUUUUUAGUCGUUUUAUAUUUUUUAAGUUAACUGGCUAAUGCCUACAAUAUUGUUUAGCUAAAUUAUUUAGAUUUUGUCACACCGUAAGCGUCGAAGCGAGGCUUAGGAUAAACUUCUAUGGUUUAAACUCAAUUAUGCGUGCAUUACAUACACACAUAAAUGUACUGUACACUUAUAUCUGUUUCAUUUGGAAUGUACAAUGUGUGUAAUAAAUAUUCAAUCUGAACUUAAAGAUAAAUCAUCGGUAAGACAAAACAACAAUGUUUUAAAACAUGUAAUAUUAUCUCCAUUUGAUUAUGAAAUAUAGCAUGUUUCUGUGAAUUCAACUUACACUUUACAAAAGAAGACAUUAAAAUAAAAGAAGAGUAGUACUUUUACGAAACUGUAUACCUACAAAUGGUUUCACUUAUCUACUUACAAAAAAUGUUUGACGAGCAUGAAGGCAAACAUUGGUUGUUUGAAAGUUUGAUUUCCAUUUGUUCAAAUAGUUUAAUUAUCAAUAUUGGUACUUACACCUGUAGAAAAUCCGUUUCUGCAAAGAAAUUAAUUAUUAACUACAAAUAUUAAAAGGCCAAUCAUUGUUAUUGAUUUCAACACGCUUAGGUUAAUUCGUGGAUCAUGCAUGUCAAAGUCUACAUUAAUUAGAAAUUUAAAGGAAUUGUAUGAUGGUAAGAGCUUGUAAUUUAUGACAUAUUUUAAAGGAAGGAGCUUGUGCUGUUGUUGUUGUUUUUAACGACAAAGGAGCAAAUUAUGUUCAAGCGCAAUUUGUAAAAGAAAUGAAAGGUAUAAGAUCCUGCAUCUGAUAAGAAAAUUAAAAAAGUGAAAGGGUCGAUGUUCACUUUGAGUUAAAUGUGAUUUAAAAGAUUUAAAAAGAUGACAAUGAUAAGUCAGUGAGUAGUUGCUUAUUAAAUACCAGAUAAUAAGUGUGGAUUCCGUAUUCAAUUUGAUAAACGAUUUGUACGAAUUGAUAUGAAGCGGUUAUUGAAAAGAUCAAUAAAUUUAAUACUUAAUCUACAUAAAUUCUAUCACAUAUUCUGAAAAUACUGAUACAUGUAAAACAAAUAUAUUAGUUUGAUAUCACUAUUCUAAAUGAAAGUGACAAACAUAUUUGCAUAUUACAUGUUUAUGCACGGCGGGGCCUUGCCGUGUUUACGGAGUCCCCAAAAUGGCAUGGGUUUGUGAUAAAUAAAAUUCAUAUAGCUAAUUCGACAAAAACUAUGAGGUGUAAAGAGGAGUUGAUGUUUUGUAUCAGUGAACAGUCAUCAAGGGAGGGAAAGUGAUAAUGUUUUAACUGAUAUAUUCAUGGGGUAAAUGUGACGCUAGAAUGACAUUGAACCUUACAUAUUGCAAGCUAAAACACGCAAGGAAGAACAAGCGCCUAAUUGUCUGGACGCAUAAGGUCAAUCUUUAAGAGCUGAUAUUGUAUAUAUGUUAUUAAGUUUUCAAAAUAAUUCAUUUUUUAUCGAUGCUUUUAAAAUUUCAGUCUCAAUAAAAAUACUGCUACAGUAUGAAGAACAAAAGUGCAUGUGGAGUAAAAGUAAACGGUGAUCCUGACAACAUUGAAUUGUGUCUCUUUACAAAUGCUCGUAUUUUUGGUUGAAUAAACACAAGAUCAAAAAUCUCCUUCACGACCGAAAGAAAACAAUUGUAGACUUCAAUUACUUCUAUGGAACUUCUUCAUUUAGAUUCAUUUAGCAUAAAACAAUUAUAGUUAUCAUUAUAGGUUGUGAUAGCAAAAGAAACAUAUCUUUAAAAACAGUGUUUGCAAUUCCAAUUCCAACAAUACCUGUGCAUUGUAGUGUUAUUGAAAAUCAUUUGGAUGAAAUAUAUUUUAAAAUUAAUACUCGUAUUACGAAAAUGCAAAGAACUGUUAUAUCAUCUUUUGGGAUCAGAAAAAAGAUUUUGAACAUAUUGUUUAUAUGUGUCAUAGGACUGGUAACAUAUGCUAGUUUACACAUCAUGUUGUCACAUCUCAGACUGUCAAACAAUGCCAAAAUACCUGCGAAUAUAAAAGAAAUGCACAUGGCAACAUCGAACAGAGUUCAACAUUUUUUUUGGACAGAACUUGAACAAUUACAGCAUAACCGGACUAGGGACAGGGAAAAACAUCAGACAACAGAAAGGAUUAUCCGAAAAGAAUUCAGUGACGGUUUAAAAGAAGAUAUUGCUCGUUUAAGCGACCAAAACCACAUUAAUAAAGAAAAUAAUGCUCCGCUAGACAGUCAAAAAACCAUUGUUACAAUAAAUGAAACCAAAAGUUUUCAAAAUAAAACUGCUUUAAGAAAAACAACACAACUAAAAAGACAACCUAUCUGUACCUCAUGUUUCCAACACAACUUCAAUUAUGUGAUACAAAACAAAAAUAUAUGUCAGUUGUAUUCUUCAAAUCAAACAAUAGAAUUAUUAGUCCUCAUCAUGACGACACACAAAAACAAUAGAGCAAGAGCGGCACUGAGAUCAACUUGGUUGUCUGUGACGAAACACAAUAAAGGAAAUGUAAGAUACGCCUUUCUCCUAGGUGAAAUCACUGAUAAUUGGCAAAAAGAAGCUGUCCUCGAGGAAAACAAUAUUCACCAUGAUAUAAUAAAGGAAGAUUUCAUUGACACAUACAUGAACUUAACUUACAAAACACUUAUGGGUUUUAAGUGGGCAACAGAUUUUUGUCAGACAGCUGUUUACGUCAUGAAAACCGAUGAUGAUAUGUUUGUAAAUAUUCCAAAUCUUUUGAAAAUGUUAACGAAUACUAAUAAAGAAAAACUACAGACAUCUGUAAUGGGUGCAUGUUUUUUAAGAGCAAAACCUAUACGGAGCAACGAAUCAAAAUGGUUUGCCUCCUAUGAAAGCUAUCCGGAUGAAUUUUACCCAAUGUUUUGUUCAGGGACAGGAUACGUCACAAGCAUGCAUGUAAUAAAUGAAAUAUAUUUAAUAUCACCAAAUAUUCCUUUCUUUCAUCUAGAGGAUAUCUAUGUUUCAUUUUGUGUCAGAGCAUUAGGCUUAGAGGUUCAGUCUAUGCCUGGAUUUAAAGUUGACCCAGUGGGAAUAAAUACAUGUGUUUAUAAAGGUGGUCAUUUAAUAACUGCUCAUGGGAUCACACCAGACAUGUUGCAGAAUAUAUGGAAUAGUAAGUGUGAUAGAAAAUAUAUAAAAUUAUGGUAUUUAUUGUACAGCCAAUUUAUAAUGGUCAUCGUGGUAUUAAACCUUUGCGUCGUAAUGUUUUGUAUAUUCAAAAGAUAUAAAGACAUAUGCCAAUACUUCACAAGUGUUUAUGAAUAUUUUAGAUUACAUAGUUUCAAAUAACAUGCUUGAUAUAUAGUAUGCAUUCAGGAAAAUAUAGAGUGUGAAUUAACUUUAGACAAGGCCAGUUGUCUAUAGAUGUAAUCCUUAUGAUGGCCAAGAAUUCGAAGCUGUUAAUGAUUUCACUUAUCUAGGUAAUUUUUUAAUUUUACUGGUAAAUUUAUUCUUAAUCAAGAACAUUCGAUUGGAAAAGCUUUAAAAUCAACGAACAUGCUGUUAUGUAAAUGCAAAUAUUAUGAUCCUACCCCAAAAACAUUAUGUCAGUUGUUUAAUGCCUUCGUUUCACCAAUAUUAAAUUAUUCAUUUGAACUUUGGGUUAAUUCUAAAUUUAAGGAAGUUGAAAGAAUAUAUUUAAAGAUCCUGUAUGUUGUAAUCAAAGUGGUAAACCGUUGGUGGUGGUGGUGUGUGGUUUUGUUAGUUUUCCCUCCGGAUCACGACAGUAAGAAAACCACACUAAGUGAAACUAUAUAUAUGUACAUAAUUAUGCAAAUAAAACAGUUUUCAAACAUUGAAAAAUAUGUAAAAUAUGUACUGCGAAUAUUUGUGCACAUUAUAUGUAAUCAUUAAAAUAUAUGCAUUCAUUUCUUAUUGUACAAUUUCACUUAAACUUUAUAGAAAAAUCAUAUUUAAUGCAUAUAUAGAAAUGGUAAAACUUGUUUCGAAUAUGAAAGUUAUUUAGAUAUACUACCUAUUUGUUUUAGAUUUUAUUUUUGUAGACUAAGAAUGAUUGGUCUUCAGCUUAGAAUUCAAAAUGAUAGAAUUAGUAGAAAUAGGAUUCCUUGCGAAGAAAUAUAUUGUUUGUGUUGCAGCUUUUGAAGAUGAAUAGAUCUAGGUACCAUGUUAUUUGUCUAUGUACAUGCCAUUACGUUAUAAGAAAACAACACCUAAAACUUACUAUUACAGAAACCUGUCAGACUGCAAAUUUACUGAACUGUUAAACUCAAGAAAAAUAUAUGAGUUUAUACGUUUUUUUUUUGUUCAAAAAUUGUUAAAGAAGCUUUUUCCAUUAGGAAUACACUUUUAACUCAUAAUGUCUGAAAUUGAAUCAAUGUUCAUUCUCCAAAUGUUUUGUUUCCAUUCCAAUAAUAUUCAUAAUUAAUCUUAUUUAUUUAUAAAAGUAUACACAGUAAAUGUACAUCUUUUUUCAUAGCUAUAUGCUUGUUGUUUGUUUGUUUAUUUGUUAAUCUAUUUAUUUAUUAUCAUGAAAUUAUUGUAUAUAUAAAUUGUGAUAUCCAGGUUUUGUUGUAAAUUUUGAUGCAGCAUUUAUAUAUGCGAAUAUGAUGUAUUGUAGAUGAUGUACUAUGUACAAGUCGUAAUAAAAUUUCUGUUCUAUUCUG